AUACAAUCACAAUCUCACUAGUCCUCUUAUUCUCAAGUCCAUUCGAAAAAUUUCAACGACUCAGCCGAACUCAGAGAGGGAGCGAGCCACAGAGAGAGAGAGAGAGAGAGAGAGAGUUCAUUAGGAUUCUCUGCUCUCCAUAUUCUUCUUAUUCUUCAGCUGCUUCUCUGUAAUAGAGCAAAGAUGAGCUCAGUCGUCCAGGGUCUCACCAAGUCGCUUGCCAUGACCGUGCUCUCCGAGAUCGGCGACAAGACGUUUUUCGCCGCCGCGAUCCUGGCUAUGCGUCACCCCAGGAGGUUGGUCUUAACUGGUUGCCUCUCAGCUUUGAUUGUUAUGACUCUUCUUUCUGCUCUUGUUGGCUGGGCUGCUCCAAAUCUGAUCUCUCGUAAAUGGACUCAUCACGUAACAACAUUGUUGUUCUUUGGGUUUGGGCUAUGGUCUUUGUGGGAAGGAUUUACUGGCGAAGGGGAGGCUGAAGAGUUGGCUGAAGUCGAAGCAAAAUUGAAUGCUGAUUGGAAGGCUGACACAGGAACCACCAAAAAGAGAAGUAAGGAUGAUGAUGAUGAUGAUUUGAAAAAGCAGAAACGGCCGUUUCUGUCACAAUUCUUUUCGCCAAUCUUAUUGAAGGCAUUUUCUAUUACUUUUUUCGGUGAAUGGGGUGACAAGAGCCAGCUAGCUACCAUUGGUUUGGCUGCAGAUGAGAACCCAUUUGGUGUUAUUCUUGGUGGGAUUAUAGGACAAGCAUUGUGUACUACUGCAGCCGUCCUUGGUGGAAGGAGCUUGGCUUCUCAAAUAUCUGAGAAAAUAGUUGCACUCUCAGGAGGAGUUCUUUUCAUUGUUUUUGGGAUUCAAUCCUUCCUUUCAACAGUUGAGUCAUGAUACACUCACGAAUCCAUGAUAAUGCAUGGUUAGUAAUAUACUUGAGAUUUUAAAUAAGAAAUUUGUCUGGAAUGUUAUGGCGGGUGAAAAGUUGUCCUUAGCUUAAUCUAUCGGCAGGUUUCUAUUACCGAAUUAUGGAUUGGAACAAAUAUUUCCUUGUCCCAUGUGAUAAUUCCAAAUUUAUUUCAAUAGUGAGUAUAAAAAAUCUUUUCCAUUCCAA